UAUAACCAAAGAAGAAAGAGCAGAGAACUCAAAAGUAGCCCACCUCUUUCUUCCUAGGAAAAUUAAUUGUGAAAGAAACCAGCAAGAUUCACAGAAAUCCGAGAAUUAAUGUGCCAAAUAGAUCUGAUUCAGUUUUAAUCGCAGAUUUCCUUCCACCUCCUCAAGAAUUGUCGUAAGUUCAAGGAAAGAACGAUCUAAAGAAAGAGAACAAUCAGUAGGAAGAGGAAUUUGAUUACAGAUUACCUCAAAGGCCAUCCCCAAACCCGCUGUAACAUCCAGACCUCUUUAAUUUUGUGCAAUUUGUUGUUGUUUUUUCUCGUGAUUUAUUCCCCUUCUUCACAGAUUUUUUUUUUUUUUUUUGUGUGUGUGGGCGUUCUAAGCUAAUCGAUCGUUGUCGAAAAGUCCCUUUUCCCCCGUUUUUUUUUUUUUUGGAUUUCGUACAUAGAUCGGUUUCUUGAUAACCGAUCUGAAACAUUUCUUUUUUUGCAAGAUGAAUCCUGGCCCUGUACUCGGGAAUCUUGGUGGUUCUAAGCCAUUUAGGGUUUGGUUUGGUUUCGAAGAAAUCGGACCAGAGAGAUGGAUGAGCUUGAGAUGUCUGGGUUUGGGAAAAGAAUCGGUUUGGUGUAGUACCUGCUACCUAGAUCUGGGGAUAGAUUCUUAGCUUCCCUUGCCUUUAGGAAACAGAAACCCUUUCGUCCUCUUUUGCUUUCAGGGGAAAGAAGACUUUCAGAGCCUUUCAUUGCCUUCACUGUGAUUUUUUGCGCAUGGUAGGUCCGUAUACAUUUUGUUUGCAUGUUACAUCUCCUCGACCAGGUUCACCUUCAAUUGAUAGAAGGCAUUAUUCUUGUCGACUUAUAGUUCUUUAUUUUCUGGUUGGCAAUUGUUGGAAUGUGUUAAGUAUGAUAGUUGCCCUUUUCCACAAUUUAAGUGCAGGCCUAGGACUUGUUCGUGAAUUGUGGAGUAUUACUUAGUCUGUUUGUGAUUGAUUUCAAGGCUGUAAUUUCUGCAAUCUCUAUAGAGCAUUGGAUAUUGUUGACUUUGCUCUUGUUUGUGGAUUCUACCAUAAUAUAAUCCUCUUGCUACUAGUGACCAAGAUUUUUGUAUUGUUGGACAAUUUAAUAUAGUUUGGAAAACAAAGCUAGCUCGUGUGUGGAGCUCAAGUGGAAGUUUCUUUCCUGGAAGUAUGCUGAAGAUGACAGAAAUAAAAGGAAGCAGUACAAGUACAAUAGAUAUUGCUGUUUCACACAAGGAAUUGGACGAGAUUUCAUGCUCCAUUUGUAUGGAAUAUCCCCAUAAUGCUGUCCUCCUCUUGUGCAGUUCUUAUGAAAAAGGCUGCAGAUCUUACAUUUGUGAUACAAGUUACAGGCAUUCCAAUUGUCUGGACCGAUUCAAAAAACUUCAAGUGGACAGCAACAAGAUAUCUUCUGAACCUAGAUCUUCAGCCCUGGACAGUUCUCAUGUUAGAAAUGUUGGCCAAAAUAUUUCUCGUCUGGUGUUACCACGACCUGUGUUAAUAAGAAACUUGGUUGAAACAGAUGGUCGAAGUAAUUUGGUAGCAAGUGCUGAAGGUGUCUCUGCCGAUACACUUGGAGAAAAUAGUAAUAGCCAAGAACAUGAGGCAUUUACAGAAGCUCGAGGUGAAGAGCAGACUCAACCCGAGGAGUCUGGAGGUAGUGAUGCUGCAGAAACUUCUCUAAAAUGCCCUCUUUGUCGAGGUGUUGUUAUGGAUUGGAUGAUUGUGAAGGAAGCAAGAGAGUUUCUCAACCUAAAACCAAGGAGUUGCUCUAGGGAUUCUUGCUCUUUUUCUGGCAACUAUAAGGAGCUUCGUCGACAUGCCAGGAGAAUCCACCCUGCCACUAGGCCUGCUGAUAUUGACCCAUCACGUCAGCGAGCAUGGCGUCGUCUGGAACAUCAACGGGAAUAUGGUGAUAUUGUCAGUGCUAUCAGAUCAGCAAUGCCUGGUGCAAUCGUGCUUGGUGACUACGUCAUCGACAGUGGAAAUGGACUAUCUCAUGAUAGGGAACACAACAGCUCGGGCGAGGAUGCUGGAUCAUGGUGGACAACAUUCUUUCUUUUCCAUAUGAUCAACAACCCAGUUGAGUCCCUCGAUGAGCCUAGGGGUUCAUUGAGAGCAUGGCGCACACAUCGGCGUUCAGGGCACCGCAACCUCUGGGGCGAGAACCUGCGGGGCAUGCAAGAUGACGACGAAGAUAACAUAGAUGAUAUUCCAAUACCAAGGAGGCGUAGGAGGUUCGUAAGAGCCAGGCCUGAAGAGGAGCAGCCAUAAGAUAUUACCCUUUCCUGGUAAUCAUAAACUGCCGGGAUUUACCUGAAUGUUACUUUUCCAAUGGUUUGUCGGUAAAUUCCGAGUCUGAGCUGAUGAAACUGCUUUUGUCUGAAAUAUCAUCUCAUACUUUGAGGCUGUUGCAGUUCGCUGGAGUAUGGAAUUGUGAAGCCCCAAAGGAAUUGACGUCGGAAACUGGAAUGGCUGGUGCGAAAUGGUUCUCUUUAGGUAAUGAACUAUAUUUCCUACUCUAACAGGAUGUUCUUGGGAAUCAUGAAAACUGGAAUGCUAGCUUGCUUGCUCUUGUUGUUGGUUGUCAAAAUUUGAUGUGUUGGUGAAACAUUAAUCCCUGGCGUUUACAAAUUGUACAUGGUUUAAUUCUCUCGUUAAAUUCAUCUCAAACUAGGUUUGGAAGGA